CAUUUACAAACUCUGAUUUUGUUUUUAUUUUUUUUUAUUUUAUAGAUAUCUUCUCUCUCUUAUAAAUAGGGGAAGAGAGCACGCAUGGUUUCGAUUGAUAUAUGAUGAUUUGUUUUGUUUCAUGUAUUUUCUUUCUCUCUAACUUCUUCUGGGACAGUGUUUGAUUGUAAUCUGUGACUGUGUAAAGACAUGGGUAGGCUUUUCUUGAUCACUCUUGAAGGGAACUUCUAUAGCUGCAAACACUGCCAAACCCAUUUCGCUCUAUCCGAGGACAUCCUUUCUAAGUCUUUCCACUGCAGGCAUGGGAGGGCUUAUCUCUUCGAUAAGGUUGUGAAUGUCACUGUUGGAGUCAAAGAAGAGCGGAUGAUGAUGACCGGAAUGCAUACUGUUGUUGACAUAUUCUGCGUUGGAUGUGGCUCAAUCGUGGGGUGGAAAUAUGAGGCUGCUCAUGAGAAGAGCCAAAAGUACAAAGAAGGAAAGUUUAUUCUCGAGAGGUUUAAGAUCUUGGGUCCAGAUGGAAGCAACUAUAUAAUAAGUCCCGAUGCUCAGAUUGGUGGAAGCGACGCUGACGACUAAGCCUCCCUGCAGCUCGUUUUCUUUCUCCAUUUUAGGGUCAACCAAAUUCAGAUUAAGAGUUGAUCAACUGUUUUCUAACUGUACAUUCUCUUCAUCUUCAUCUUAUGUUUUUGGGUGAAUAUCUUGAUCUUAUGUUACCCAGCUUGUUUCAGAUUUUAUUUUGGUAUAGUUGUUGCUAGAGACCAGUUUGGCAUAACUGGUAUUAGAAUGAUUAAUCACAUCCCAGAAUUCUGGUGGAAUUUUAUAUAGU